UAGUUAUGGUCGAUCCAUUAAAAAUCUUUUGGGUUUUGACAAAUAGCACCUAUUUGGUUACAAAAUUUGUACGCAUUGGUAUUGCCGACAAAAACGAUUCGCCGCCAUAUUUCGAUAGAUUUCUGUACGAGACUGAAAUCGAUGAAAAUGCCGAUUUGCAGAGCACAGUGCUCACUGUCAACGCCAAGGAUCACAAUGACUCGACGAAUAUUCGAUACCAAAUCACAGGCGGUAACAUAGGCAAUGCCUUUGCCGUACAGAAUACGACGGGUGUCAUCUACGUGGCCAGUCCGCUAGACUAUGAAACGCGGCCAAGGUAUGAGCUGCGCUUGGAGGCAACACGCAAUCGUAAAAACAACUAUACCACCGUUGUCAUCAAUGUACGCGAUGUUAACGAUAAUCCACCUGUUUUCGAUCGUCAAACAUAUCGCACACAAAUCACUGAAGAAGAUGAUCGCAAUUUGCCCAAACGCAUUUUACAGGUUACGGCUACCGAUGGCGAUGUAGAUAGACCAAUAAAUAUUGUAUAUUUCCUUACCGGCCAGGGCAUCGACCCGGAUAAUACAGCAAAUAGUAAAUUUGAUAUAAAUCGCACAACUGGCGAUAUUUUUGUACUCAAGCCCCUGGACCGGGAUCAGCCCAAUGGGCGGCCGCAAUGGCGCUUCACCGUAUUUGCCCAGGACGAGGGCGGCGAGGGCCUGGUCGGCUAUGCGGACAUUCAAGUUAAUCUAAAGGACAUCAAUGACAAUGCGCCGCAGUUUCCGCAGGGCGUCUACUUUGGCAAUGUCACCGAGAACGGCACCGCCGGCAGCCCCGUGAUGACAAUGUCUGCCAUUGACUAUGACGAUCCCAACGAGAGCACCAAUGCCAAGCUAAUCUACUCAAUUGAGAAGAACGUCAUCGAAGAGGAAACUGGCGCGCCCAUAUUCGAAAUUGAGCCCGAAACGGGCCUCAUCAAAACGGCCGUCUGCUGUCUCGACCGUGAACGCACCCCGGACUACUCCAUCCAGGUGGUGGCCAUGGACGGUGGCGGCCUGAAGGGCACUGGCACCGCUUCCAUACGUGUCAAGGACCUGAACGAUAUGCCGCCGCAGUUUACCAAAGAUGAAUGGUUCACGGAGGUGGACGAAACGAACGGCACCUACAUACCCGAAACGCCCAUUUUGACAGUCACCGUGCAGGAUGAGGACGAGACGAAUAGCUUUCAGUAUAAGGUCGUUCCCAAUAGUGGCUUCGGUGCGGACAAAUUUGCCAUGGUCCGCAAUGCGGAUGGCACUGGCUCACUGAAGAUUAUACAGCCGCUGGACUAUGAGGAUCCGUUGCAAAGCAGCGGCUUCCGCUUUCGCAUACAGGUGAACGACAAGGGCGAGGAUGGUGCUGACAAAUAUCAUGUGGCCUAUUCAUGGGUGGUGGUCAAGCUGCGCGACAUCAACGACAAUGUGCCACGCUUUGAGCGUGAUCACAUCGAGGUCUCCAUCUACGAGGACACCAAAGUGGGCACCGUGCUGGAGCAGUUUCGUGCCAGCGAUGCAGACCAGGGCGGACAUUCGCGCGUCAACUAUAAAAUUGUGCGCGCCAGCAAUCGGCGCAGGCAAUUCGCAAUCAGCGACAAAGGCGCCAUCAGCAUACAGCGACCGCUCGACCGGGAGUCGGCCGAUCGCCAUCAUAUUCAGGUCUUGGCCAGCGAUGAUGGCAAUCCGUCGCGCACAGCCACAGCCACGCUGACCGUCGUGGUCAAGGAUGUGAACGACAAUGCGCCAACGCUGGCUCAGGACUACAAGCCAACGCUGCCGGAGAACGUGUCGCCGCGCAAAAUCCUCGAGGUGGCCGCCAAGGACAUGGACGAUCGUCAGCGUGGCAACGGCGGACCAUUCAGCUUUCGCCUUGAUCCACUGGCCAGCGAUGAGAUACGCGCGGGCUUUAAGGUGGAAUAUGAUCGCAGGGGCGACAAUGGCAACGGGGUGGCCAUCAUCUCAUCGCUGCGUCCCUUUGACCGUGAGGUGCAGAAAUCCUAUGACAUACCCAUCGAAAUAAAGGACAACGGAGCGCCGGCAAUGACUGGCACCAGCACACUGACUGUGACCAUUGGCGACGUCAACGACAACAAAAUGCAGCCGGGCAGCAAAUCAGUGCUGGUCUACAACUACCAAGGCCAGUCGCAGGAUACACCCAUCGGCCGGGUGUACGUCAACGAUCCCGACGACUGGGAUGUGCCCGACAAGAAAUACUACUGGGAGGCCCAAGAGCAUCAGCGCUUCAAGCUCGACACGGACACCGGCAUACUAACAAUGCGCGCGGGCACACGACGUGGCCGCUACCAGCUGCGCUUUAAGGUGUACGAUCGUGAGCAUGGCCAGGAGGAUAUUCCAGCGAAUCUGAGCGUCACAGUGCGUGAUAUUACAGCAGAGGCAGUGCAGCAGGCGGGCUCGAUGCGCUUGGCUCACAUAACCGACGAGGACUUUGUGCGCACCUGGAAUCCGCUCAAGCAGCAGGUGGAGCCAUCGAAGCUGGAACGCUUUCGCAACAAGCUGGCCGAGCUGCUCUACACAGAUCGCGACAAUGUGGACGUAUUCAGCGUCCAGCUGCGCGCCCAAUCGCCAUUUCCGCUAACCGAUGUCCACUUCGCCGCCCGAUCCGCCACACAGCAGCCGUACUUCAAGGCGGUGCGGCUCAAUGGCGUGGUGCAGAUGCAUCGCGAGGAGAUCGAACAGGAGGUGGGCCUCAACAUAACCAUGGUGCACAUCGAUGAGUGCCUGCACGAGGGUCGUGGCAAGUGCCCCAGCGGCUCGUGCAGCUCGCGCACUGAGCUGGGCAAGCGACCCUACACGGUCAGCGUGAAUCGCACAGCUCUGGUCGGUGUGCGCCUGGAGUUGAGUGCACAGUGCGUGUGCCGUGCCAGAAAUUUCACUGGCCAAGAUCAUAAUUGUCGUUCGCAUCACUGCUUCAAUGGCGGACGCUGUGUGGAGACGCGCAAUGGACCGCGUUGUGUGGCCUGCCCCGUGGGCUAUGGCGGGCCGCGCUGUCAGCAGUCGACGCGCAGCUUUCGCGGCAACGGCUGGGCCUGGUAUCCGCCGUUGGAGCUGUGCGUCGAGUCGCAUUUGAGCCUGGAGUUUAUUACGCGCGAGCCGGAUGGCCUCAUACUCUACAAUGGGCCCAUUGUGCCGCCCAAGCAGGGCGAGACCGUAAUCAGUGACUUCAUAGCCAUUGAACUGGAACAGGGCUAUCCACGGCUGCUCAUUGACUUCGGCUCUGGCACACUGGAGCUGCGUGUUAAGACCAAAAAGACGCUGGACGAUGGCAUUUGGCAUCGCUUGGACAUCUUUUGGGAUGCGGAAAAUGUGCGCAUGGUUGUCGACUUUUGUCGCACCGCGCUGAUCUCCGAGCUGGAGGAUGGCACGGCGCCGGAGUUCGAUGACAAUGCGUGCCAGGCACGCGGACAAAUACCACCCUUUGCGGAGACCUUGAAUCUCAAUCAGCCGCUACAGCUGGGCGGGCUCUAUAGGCAGCACUUCGAUCAGACCCUGUACAAUUGGCAAUAUGCAUUUAGCUCGAAGGGUUUCGAUGGCUGCAUACGCAACGUGGUGCACAAUUCGGAGCACUACGAUCUCGCCUUUCCAGCUCUGGCACGCAACAGCUUCCCGGCCUGCCCGCAAACGGAUGAGGUUUGCCUGAAGACCGAGCAUACGGCACGCUGCUGGGAGCAUGGCAACUGUGUGGCCAGCCUGGUGCAGGCGAAAUGCCACUGUCAGCCCGGCUGGAUGGGGCCGGGCUGCAAUGUGCCCACCGUGCCAACCACCUUCAAGCCGCAGAGCUAUGUGAAGUUUGCGCUCAGCUUUGAGCCGGAUCGCUUCAGCACACAGCUGCAGUUGAGAUUUCGCACGCGCGAACAGGCCGGCGAGCUGUUUCGCGUCAGCGAUCAGCAUCAUCGCGAAUAUGCCAUACUGGAGCUGCGCCGCGGGCAGCUACAGUUCCGCUACAAUCUCAACUCGUUGCGCAACGAGGAGCAGCUGCUGGCGCUGACGGCAUUGGCCGUCAACGAUGGCCAGUGGCAUGUGGUGCGCAUCAGUCGCUACGGCUCGGCUGCCAUCAUGGAGCUGGACGGCGGCGAGUCACGGCGCUACAAUGAGUCCUUUCACUAUCAGGGCCAUCAGUGGCUCAGCAUUGACAAGCAGGAGGGCGUCUAUGCUGGCGGCAAGGCUGAAUAUACGGGCGUCAAAACGUUUGAGGUGCAGUCGGACUUUCAAAGAAGCUGCCUGGACGACAUCAGACUGGAUGGCAAACACCUGCCACUGCCGCCGGCCAUGAACGGCACCCAAUGGGGCCAGGCGACAAUGGCACGGAAUGUGGAGCGCAACUGUCCCUCGAAUCGGCCCUGCUCCAAUGUUAUCUGCCCGGAUCCCUUUGAUUGUGUCGAUUUGUGGAAUGAAUACGAAUGCACGUGCAGCGAGGGACGCAUCAUGUCAGCGGAUACCAAGGGCUGUGUCGAUCGCAACGAAUGCUUGGACAUGCCCUGCCUGAACGGGGGCACGUGCAUCAAUUUGGAGCCACGUCUGCGAUAUCGCUGCAUUUGCCCCGAGGGCUAUUGGGGCGAGAACUGUGAACUGGUGCAGGAGGGACAGCGUCUGAAGCUUAGCAUGGGCGCCUUGGGCGCCAUAUUCGUUUGCCUGAUUAUCAUAUUGAUACUCGCAUUGAUAUUCGUGCUGUACAAUCGCAAGCGCAAAACCACCAAGAAGAAGAAACGCUCCGGAACGGAAAAGGAUGUGCGCGAAACGGUGAUUAGCUACGAGGACGAGGGCGGCGGCGAGGAUGAUAUGACGGCAUUCGACAUAACCCCACUACAAAUACCAAUCAGCGCACAGAGCGGCACAAUGCCACCGGACAUAGCCGCCUGCAAGAUGCCCAUUAUAUAUCCUGUGAUGACACUGCUGCCGCCUGGGCAGGAAUUGAAUGUGGCCUAUUUGAUGGAGGAGCGCAAGCAGCGCAUCGACAAGGAUCCCAAUGCGCCGCCUUUCGAUGACCUGCGCAAUUUCACGUUCGAGGGCAGCGGCAGCAUUGCCGAGUCGCUCAGCUCGUUGGCCUCAGGCACCGACGAUGAGAAUCAAGACUUUAACUAUUUACAAAAUUGGGGUCCACGUUUCAAUGCCCUUGCCGCGAUGUACGUGCACGAUAAAGCGAAAACCAAACAGCAGCAACAGCAGCAGCAGCAGCAGCAGCCAUCGCCUUCUCAAGUGGGCGUGGACAAUGCACUGGCCGUGGUGGCAACGGGCAGCGGUGCUGGACCGGGCGGCGGUGGUGUUGGCGCUGGGGCCGUUCAAGCCAACACGACGGAAGUCGGCAAAGUUGUAUUAUAA